GUAGAACGGUGCGGCGGAUUUUUGGAUUUUUGACUUCCACAGCUGAUCUGCGCAGGAAGCCAAGCAACUUGUUAGCCUUGGCACAACGGUCAAAGGUGUGUUUUGACCAGGUAAGCGCACCAGUAACCCAAAUACCUAGGUCUUUCUCUUCCGAUGAAAUUUCCAGUAAUUUGCUAUUUAUCUCGUAGGAGAAGUCGAUCGGGUUCUUUUUCCUGGUAAUUUGCUGAAGCUUGCACUUGUCUUGAUUAAAUACAAUCCCGGAAUUAGUUGACCAAUUGCCCAGACUAUUCAGAUCACUCUGAAGCAAGCUAGCAUCCGAAAUGGAGUCAAUGCACUUAAAUACCUUAGUGUCAUCUGCGAAAGAUGAAACCUUGGAGUUCUUUACGGCAUCUGGAAGGUUGUUCACGUAGAGGAGGAAAGUAUAGGGCCUAAUUUUGAACCUUGUGGUACUCCUGACUGUACAAGUUUUUCAGAGGAGGUGGCGCCUAGCACAGUAACGCGUUGCCUACGGUCUAACAAGUAGGUCUUGAACCAACAGAGCAAGUUACCAGAAAUGUUGAAGCAGUUGUUUAGCUUAUUGAAUAGGGUUUAUGGUUAACUUUGUCGAAGGCUUUUGAUAUGUCCAUAUAGAUAACAUCUGUUGGCUUACCAGCAUCCAGCAAGGACCCAAUGUAAUCUUGUACCGCUAACAGUUGGGUUGUACAUGAUUUUCCCGGAAUGAAUCCGUUUUGAAAACAGUUGAUCAAAUCUAGAAAGUGAUCUCUUGCAUUUCUAAGCACACACCGUUCCAAGACUUUAGAUAUGACACUGAGGAGUGCGAUGGGUCUAUAGUUCUCAACAUAACAUUUAUCUCCAUUUCAUGCACAGGGACGAUGUUCGCAAGCUUCCAGUCGUCAGGAAAAACGCCACAGCUGAGUGAACUAUUAAAAAGCUCGGACAGUGAUGGUGCAAUCUGUUGUGCAGUCUCUUUAAGAAGUCGAGGAGGAAUGCCGUCGGGACCUGUGGCCUUGUUGGGGUCGAGAGCUACAAGUGAAUUUAGAACUUCCUCGGUUGUUAGGAAAAUAUCAGAGAGAGAGCGUGUUCUGGAGUUGGAGACGUAAUGAGAGGCGGGGACAGAUGCCCUUCCGAUUCGGAGCGGUUGAAGACUUACGCAAAGUAGUCAUUAAACAUUUCUUAGAUAGUAACAGGGGUGGAUGCGGAGCGAAUUUUGGACUGAGCACUGUACCCCAUCAUCCUUCCCAAGUGACAUGGUUUCAGAAAUUCUAGACUCUUUCCUGCUAAGCUUAAAGAUCGACCAUAAUCUCUUUGGGAUUAACACAAAGUUAUGUACAAGUGUUCAAUUUGUUUACACAAAGUGCAGAAAUUUUAAUCGACCACAAAUUCCUCGUUUGUAAUAUCCUAACAUUUUCUGGCAGUAACUGUUUAUUUAUAGAGUUUCAUUCGUGAAUAUUUCUUCCCCAGACUAUAUACCUUUCUCCAGCAAUGCGUUUUGUCAACGAUUGUAUUUUAGAAUGCAACAUACGACAAGGAGACUCAAAAUUACUCACAAACUUUAUUAAGGAUUGUUGAACCUAAUCCCCAAUGCCCCCGCAUAAUUUUAUAGUGUGAGAACUUAUAAAGAAUUUGAAUGACCGCGGGCAAGCGUUGGGAGGGAGUAAGUUACACACACUUUUUAAAGCGUCACUAAUGUGUUCAAUUUUCCUCUGCAUGUUUUGUAACUGGAAGAUUUUCCAGAGAGGACACCGUGUUAAAAUUGGGCUCGGGUUUCCAAUUAUUGAAACGCGCGAUUGGCAGCUGCUAAUAAGAAUCCAUUGACAAUUAAAUCAGAAAAAAAAAGCUUGGCAGGAAGAGGUACAGAUUAAUGUAAAAUUUACAAUGGUUAUAUUUACCACGGCGCUUCUUACUUAUUUUGGUUGUUCAGUUCUUACAUCUAUGUUUUCUCUGAACUUAUUUUGUGUUUUAAUAUAUAAUAAAAUUACUUUAAUUGUAUAUCCAGUGUAAAAAAUACAAGUAUUUUGCAGACCGAAAGCGAAUGUUCGAUCGAUACUGAUAAUCCUGAACUAAAUGCCAUCCAAUUCCAAAUUAUAAAACGAUUUAGUAAUGCUCACGCAGUGUGCUCACCUUACACCAGUGGUUCAUCCAGAAUACAUAAAAUAUGGACAUAUAUAAAUCAAAAAUAAUCUGAAUGUUAGCAGGAAAAAGAAAACAAAUAUAUUAUAGUCAUUUUAAAUGAUUAGUCGUUUCUAUGGUGUGUCAGAUGAGAUAGUGGGAAGUAAUGGGUUUCCAAUAACAAAAAAUCAGUAUUUAUCUCUACCAUGAGGUUAUGUUUUCGUCCGCUUUUACCUGUUUGUCAGCACGACAACUCAAAAAAUGUCAAAUGCAUUAAUACAACAUAUAUAUAUGUUCAUGGGCCCAGUGGACAUUGCCUGGGAGAAAAUUGAUCGAACCCCGAUUAAAUUUGGAUGGAAAUUGGAUGAGAAAUGAGGAAACGUUGGUCUUGGUUUGCCAGGCACUGCAAACUAAAUGCGUAAUUAACGCAUUGAAUAAUUUAUCCACAUUACAAUACUGGAUUCACUGGCAGAUCUCCGAGUCUGUGCAGUCUCUGAGUGCAUGCCCUCUUUUAGUUUAUUGUUAAUUUAUUAUUCCCAUUUAUCAUAGCUAUCGUCUACAUCAACCUAUUCAAUGCCGGAUAUUCUCGGAUUAUACAUCUGAAAGCACUGCUCAUUGGCAUUGGCGUAUAGUUUCAAGGUUGUAAAGGGUUUCUGCAUAUACGUAAGAUGUUUGGGAACACUAGCAUUUGCAACCUUAAUGGAAGCAAGAUCCUCUUUAACCAUAGAACUACAACAACUUUCAAAUGGUUUUGGGACGGUGGCGGUUUUGAUCACAACAGAUGUGUGCAAAUUAUUACAAACAUUUAAAUAUCGUACAUACAUGAGAAAAAUCAUUUAAAAGAACGACAAUACAAAUAAAAUGUAAAGAUCGUAACCAUCCAUAACACCGAAUUUAAUGCGAAACACGCGAAUUUAUAGAGAAACAUGUGAAUUGCUUCAUAGCUCAAAAUAGCUCGUAUUCCAGCGUGUUCCCAAUAAGAGCCUGGGUACGAGGUUGGCGUGUUCCAGGUAUUCCAGGUGCGGUUCCGGGUGUUCCGUGUGGGGUUCCGGAUUUUACAGACACCUAAAAUUAGCGGGCAACUUAAUUAAUUUUACAUAGUCAAUAAAGAAUCUGUUUGUAUAUUUAGGGUGAUAAGAUCACGCAAAACCAAAGUUAACGUCCAUAUCGGCAUAAAUGAGAUACUAAUUUGUAAGAAACAAUGAGAGAUAUUUUGUAGAAAGUGAAUGUUCCAAGACGGCAUAAUGCAUAACAUAACAAAACCUUUUUUCUGCGUUGGUGUAAUGUACUCAGGUGAAUAUGAUGCUCAUAAUGUUACUCUUAGUGUAUAUCCACACCGGCCAAGCUUGAAAAAUAUGCCUGACCACGGUGGGAAUCGAACCUACGACCUUUGGCAUACCAGCCCAAUGCUCUGCCAACUGAGCUACGCGGUCAGGUCGGUUCGAGUGUGUGAUACUUCUGAAUAGAAUGUAGUUCCUUCGAUAUAUCAAUGUAACCUAUAGUAAUCAUGACUUUUUCUGUGUUGGUGUAAUGUACUCACGUGAAUAUGAUGCUUGUGAUCAACUCUGAGUGUAUAUCCACACCGAGCAAGCUUGAAAAGUAUGCCUGACCACGGUGGGAAUCGAACCUACGACCUCUGGAAUACCAGCCCAAUGCUCUGCCAACUGAGCUACGCGGUCCGGUCGGUUCGAAUAUGCGACAUUUCGGAACAGAAUCUAGUUCCUUCGAUAUCAAUAUACCUAUCAAUCCAGAUAUCAAGGUAACCUAGAUUUUGAUCCGAAAUAUCACACACCCGAACCGACCUGACCGCGUAGCUCAGUUGCCGGAGCAUUGGGCUGGUAUUCCAAAGGUCGUAGGUUCGAUUCCCAGAGUGGUCAGGCAUAUUUUUCAAGCUUGCCCAAUGUGGAUAUACACUGACAUGCAGUAACAUCACAAGCAUCAUAACAAAACCUGACAAAUGUACUGUAAAUUAAUUAUAAUUUGAACAGGUAUUGGUGAAGGCUUUUGUUUACAGAAUAUUCUUGUUUAGUUUACACUUCCAAUAAAAAUUAUUAAUAUCUUAUUUCUUAUGCCAUGCACCCAUUAACUUGCUAAUACAACUAAAGGCACCGCUCAACCUGCCCCUGGAUUUUUGAGCCUGUUGCAAGGCAUUCACUGUAUAGAAAAGCUUUUUAAAGGAGAAUGGCCCAAGACAACAAGUGCUGUAAACAUUAAACAUUACAUUCCAAUCAUGACAUUACACAAAUUAUUACAGUGCAUGAGCAUGUUUGGCCCAACGGACAGUAUACCCAUUUUUACCUUAAAUAUUCAAUGACGUGACUUCAUGUCAUACACUCAAUCCUCUUCACGUUUGUCUCUCCAAAUAUGUCUUUACUAAAACUCUUCUUAGUAUAAGCACAAUGAAAAAAUGAAAAAAUUAACAAUUAUUCGCCGAAGGCGAAGUAAUUACCGGUGAAUAUUCACCGAGACCAAGUCUAGGUGAAUAUUCACCGUAAUCACUGAGCCUGAAGCGAAUAAUUGUUUUAGUAUAAAUUUUUAAUGAAUAAAACAAAAUAUCCAAAUAUCAGUUUAAUAAAUAAAAUUCAGAAAUGAAACUGUCCCCGGUCAGUUUUACGGUUACAUUUUUAGUGUUGAAGUGUUUCUUGUACAUGGACGCACACCUUCAAAAUGGCUUCCUCUGUGAUUUUAUUGCUUUAUUACAGUUUGUUUUUCUCGAUUUCUGCUUAGAAAAUAAACACAAUGAUGCGAUGACUUUUUCACCAGACUAAAGAAUAGUUUCUGUUUAGCAUUAAUUUGUUCAGGAAAUGGCUGAGAAAAGUGGUAAAGUGGAAUGUAAAACAAUUGCACAAAUGCCUCGAAAUAAAGUUUUAAUACACUUUUCACUUUUUAUACGAGUUUCGAAAACACAAUACAGCAGCAGGACACCAUACAGCACAAUGAAAACAUGACAUAUCAAAAUAAAUAGUAUCGUACAAAUUGAGAUAUCUAUAGGGUACAAAACAGAAUAAAAGAAUAUCACGGCAAGGUUUUGCCCAACAGUCGGGAUAGUUUUUUUUAUUUGUUUGAAGUGAAUGUUUCGGAGUUUUAACUAAAAGUUUUAAAUUGUCCGUGAAUAUGUUUGACACAGUAAAAUAACAAAGGAAUCCCAUCUUUCAAGUUAAAUACAACAUUUUCUGCUUUUUUCGUUUUCUGGGGACGAUUAUUUCAAUAUUUCGUCGAUUUUGAAACCAAACUUGCCGAAUCAAUGCCAAUGGGAAUCGUUCUUUUUGAAAAGCAUUAUUUAUUAGUCAGGUGGUAAAUAAUGCGUCAGAUUUACCAGUCAAUUAGCCAAUCAGAACGGGCGAAAGCUCAUUUGAUAUGCAAAAUUUAUACUAACAGUUGAUAUAUUAUUUCCUUGUGGUAACAUAUUAUUUUUUAAUUUUAGAUUCAAAUAUGUCAAAUGUGCCAUGGGAAAGCGAAGAAAAACGCAACUACAUUUGUAUCCAAAAUAUCAUCAUUGAUGUUGUAAGUGAAGGAUUGCGGAAAGUUUUUAAAAAGGAAUGGAACACUCGUUAUCAGGCAAGCUUCGGAGCAUGGGAUGACACCAAUGUAAGUGGUCAGCAGUUGUUUCACCUGGAAAAUACACGGCCCGACCAAACAAGAACAUGUACCAGGCAAAAUUUCAACAUGGAGACACAAAUCAGUGGGAUUGCUCUGUGCUUUUUGAUGCCAUUCUGUAUUCCAACUCGAUCGGUAAAUCAAGUCUGAAUCCAACAAUUAGGACUGAAGUGGGCAAUAUUCGAAUUAUGCGAAAUAAAAUUAUGCAUGCUGAUGAAACAACCGUAUCUGAUACUGACUUCCAAACCAUGAUCAGUGAUGUUGAAAAUAUAUUUAUAACACUCGGUCUUCCAGUUAAUGAAAUCACGCAAAUGAAAAUUGAGAGAAACCUUUACAAAUCAUUUCAAGUUUUACCUACAAAACCAACCCACGAAGUUGUUUACCGUGGUGAGAAAGCCAACGAAAUAAAACAAGAACUCCAAACGUUACGAAUUAAUUGCGAUGGCAAACUUACAUAUUUAUAUAUUUCUGGAAUUCCCGGAAGUGGAAAAUCGCAGCUAUCCCGGCAACUGUGCGAGAAUUUGUUCAAUGGCGUAAAUUUGGAAACAGAGACAACAUUUGUAAUGACAUUGAAUGCAAAAGAUUUAGAUUCUCUUCUUGACGGGUACGAAGAUUUUUGUCGACGUCUAAAUUGUUCUGAAAGUGUAUUGAUAAAUGUAAUGAAUUCAUGCAAACAAAAAGAUGGAAAGAUCAAAGAUUUACGAUCACUGAUUGAAAACAGAAUCAAGAAUUGGAAAAUGUGGUGGAUUAUAGUAGACAACGUGGAACAUUUCGAGGACAUUUCACCCCUACUACCUCAAAUGGGUGACAAAGUUUGGAAUAAUGGUCAAAUUAUAUUAACAAUACAGAAUACAACUGCAGUUCCUUCUGACAGUGCUUUUACUAAACAUAUUUCUCUCAGUCGUGGUAUGAAGGACCAAGAAUGUCGUCAGUUACUUUUCUUAUUGUCAGGAACUGAUGCUAAUGAUACACUGUUAGAUGAAGUUGCUGAGAAGUUAGAUCACCAACCUUUGGCUAUGGCUGCUGCAGCUGUAUAUUUUAAAAAAGUAAUCGACACAAAGUGUGGUCCAAAAUUUUCCUGGCAUGAUUAUUUAGAGAAGCUAAAAGGUAAAAGAGAAGUAACAGAAGAACAUCUUCUCAAAAUCAGUUCUGCUUAUCCAUCCACCAUGUCGGCGGCGGUGUACCUAGUUGUUGAAAAAUCUGCAGAAAAUAGUUUCGUUUUAAAGCACACAUUCUACCUUUUUUCUCUGAUAUCCUUUGAACCACUGCCAGUUGAUAUUAUUGUCGAAUACAUUCAGCGGCUUGAUCAAAACUGUGAUAAAGAGGAUAUUUAUCUGGCGUUGAAAGAGUGUUCCCUUUUUCUUUUUACAGAAAAAGAUUUGGAUGUUCGUCUACAUCGUGUUGUCCAAGAAGCAAUUAAAUCAUUUAGUGAUUGCAAAGAAACUGAAACUAAAGACAACUCUUGCAGUACUACUGCUAAUAUUGACAUUGCAAGCAGAGUUCAAAAUGUCGUCAGAGCCCUUUACUCUUUCAAAAUCAGGGAUGAUAAAAUCAAGAUGAUUGCACAUUUGAAAGCAUUUAAUGCAGCAGUUGAAAAACUAUUUCCUCCAAAAAACUCAUUAUAUUUAAUUAGCUUAGGCUUCGAAAAACGUGAAAUUUAUCAAAUAUAUCUGUUUUUUGGGCAAACUUUAGAAUACUACUCUGAGUUGAAACUCGCUGUGGCAUUUCAUAAUGUAAAUCUUCAGAUCUGGACAGGAUCUGCAGAAGAGCACAAUUAUGAGCGUUGUAUAUUUCCCCACCUCGGCACAUUAUACUGGAAAAUGGGCGAUUUCAAACAGGCUUUACAUUAUCAUCAACGAGCACUGGAAAUUCAACAAAAACAACUAGGUUCAAACCAUGUUGAUGUUGCAGCUUCUUAUAACAACAUUGGAUUGGUGUGUGGUGAUAAAGGUGAGCUGGACCAGGCUAAAGAUUACCAUCAACGAGCACUGGAAAUUCAACAAAAACAACUAGGUUCAAACCAUGUUGAUGUUGCAGCUUCUUAUAACAACAUUGGAUUGGUGUGUGGUGAUAAAGGUGAGCUGGACCAGGCUAAAGAUUACCAUCAACGAGCACUGGAAAUUCAACAAAAACAACUAGGUUCAAACCAUGUUGAUGUUGCAGCUUCUUAUAACAACAUUGGUGCGGUGUGUCGUGAUAAAGGUGAGCUGGACCAGGCUAAAGAUUACCAUCAACGAGCACUGGAAAUUCGACAAAAACAACUAGGUCCAAACCAUGUUAAAGUUGCAGCUUCUUAUAACAACAUUGGUAUGGUGUGUCGUGAUAAAGGUGAGCUGGACCAGGCUAAAGAUUACCAUCAACGAGCACUGGAAAUUCGACAAAAACAACUAGGUCCAAACCAUGUUCAUGUUGCAGCUUCUUAUAACAACAUUGGUACGGUAUGUCGUGAUAAAGGUGAGCUGGACAAGGCUAAAGAUUACCAUCAACGAGCACUGGAAAUUCAACAAAAACAACUAGGUUCAAACCAUGUUGAUGUUGCAGCUUCUUAUAACAACAUUGGUGUGGUGUGUGGUGAUAAAGGUGAGCUGGACCAGGCUAAAGAUUACCAUCAACGAGCACUGGAAAUUUGACAAAAACAACUAGGUCCAAACCAUUUUAAUGUUGCAGCUUCUUAUAACAACAUUGGUAUGGUGUGUCGUAAUAAAGGUGAGCUGGACAAGGCUAAAGAUUAUUAUCAACGAGCACUGGAAAUUCGACAAAAACAACUAGGUCCAAACCAUGUUGAUGUUGCAGCUUCUUAUAACAACAUUGGUGUGGUGUGUCGUGAUAAAGGUGAGCUGGACCAGGCUAAAGAUUACUAUCAACGAGCACUGGAAAUUCGACAAAAACAACUAGGUCCAAACCAUUUUGAUGUUGCAGCUUCUUAUAACAACAUUGGUAUGGUGUGUCGUGAUAAAGGUGAGCUGGACCAGGCUAAAGAUUACCAUCAACGAGCACUGGAAAUUCGACAAAAACAACUAGGUCCAAACCAUGUUCAUGUUGCAGCUUCUUAUAACAACAUUGGUACGGUAUGUCGUGAUAAAGGUGAGCUGGACAAGGCUAAAGAUUACCAUCAACGAGCACUGGAAAUUCAACAAAAACAACUAGGUUCAAACCAUGUUGAUGUUGCAGCUUCUUAUAACAACAUUGGUUUGGUGUGUGGUGAUAAAGGUGAGCUGGACCAGGCUAAAGAUUACCAUCAACGAGCACUGGAAAUUCGACAAAAACAACUAGGUUCAAACCAUUUUGAUGUUGCAGCUUCUUAUAACAACAUUGGUGUGGUGUGUGGUGAUAAAGGUGAGCUGGACCAGGCUAAAGAUUCUAUCAACGAGCACUGGAAAUUCGACAAAAACAACUAGGUCCAAACCAUGUUAAAGUUGCAGCUUCUUAUAACAACAUUGGUGUGGUGUGUGGUGAUAAAGGUGAGCUGGACCAGGCUAAAGAUUACCAUCAACGAGCACUGGAAAUUCGACAAAAACAACUAGGUCCAAACCAUGUUGAAGUUGCAGCUUCUUAUAACAACAUUGGUAUGGUGUGUCGUGAUAAAAGUGAGCUGGACCAGGCUAAAGAUUACCAUCAACGAGCACUGGAAAUUCGACAUAAACAACUAGGUCCAAACCAUGUUGAUGUUGCAACUUCUUAUAAGAACAUUGGUAGGUGCGUCGUGAUAUAGGUGAGCUAGACCAGGCUAAAGAUUAUCAUCAAUGAGCACUUGAAAUUCAACAAAAGCAACUAGGUCCAAACCAUGUUGAUGUUGCAACUUCUUAUAAGAAACUGGUCAUAAAGGGGGGUGGCUGGAAAAAACAGGAUGUGGUAGAUCGAAUUUUGGAUUUCUAAUUUUAACAGCAGUUUUGGGAUGGGUCAUAGUAAAAUGUGCUUGAUUUAUAUAAAUUUCAAAAGGUGGUGAACGUUAUUAAAUAUUAUCUUUUAUUUUUACAAAACAUGGUUGGAGAAAUGUCAAUGAAGAAAUACAAUAUGUAUUAAACACAAAGUUGCGGAGAAUAUAUAUUUGCAUUUAAUCACGGCUAAUUUAUCACGGUUUUAUCAGGGAUAAAUAAAAUAAAGGGGAACUCCAGUCCAAAUACAAGUGUGGUUUAUAUGAAAGAUCUUCCCCUUAUUAGAAUGUUCCUCAAGUAUUUCGGUCUAAAUAUUAAUAGUAAAGGAGAAAUUGCUUGUCAAAGUUUGCGAUUUUGUCAAAUUUGGGCGCCAUGUUGUUCUUUUCACUGCAGACUCGGAUUUGUCCAGCGCCCUCAUUUUUGACGUCAUUGCGUGCUUCGAAGGUGUUGUUCAUAUAGAAAACUAUGGCUUUGUAUGGCGAUUUAAUAAGAUAUCGAUUAUUUCUCUGCUUCUAAUUCUUUAAUUAAUGUGAGUUUAGACCGAUUUAACAGAGAUAUUUUACAGACGGAGAUAUUUUACAUUGCCGAGCUUCUGUCUAAGGUGAAUCAAGAGUUGCCAGGUCAUGUUCAUGUUGGUGUACGGAAAGCUUGCGCAGAAUUAAAUAAUUAUAUGUUGCGGUUGUUGCCCUGUGUGGAUCUGGCUCUUGUUGGACUCUCGGAUCCAAUUUGCCUGAAUAUCGAUGCUGCGUUUGCGUUCAGCAACGAUUUAUCGGUUGAUGAGACUUCUGUUUAG